GCGGCCACCGUCGCCCUGUCCGCGGCCGGCCGAGUGCGCAGCCUACGCCGCUCCCGCGUCCGCUCUCCGCCCCGCGUGCCGUGCGUGCCGUGCGUGAGCGUGCGCGGGCGCGUCGGCCGGCGAGGGAGCAGCAAACGGCCGGCGGCGGGCGCCGCGCGGGGGGCGGGCGGCGCGGAGUAGGCGGCGGCGGCCAUGGCCGAGGCGUCGCCGCAGCCCGGACGGUACUUCUGCCACUGCUGCUCCGUGGAGAUCGUCCCGCGCCUGCCGGAUUAUAUCUGUCCAAGAUGCGAGUCUGGUUUCAUUGAGGAGCUUCCGGAAGAGACCAGGAGCACAGAAAAUGGUUCUGCCCCCUCCACAGCCCCCACGGACCAGAGCCGGCCACCACUGGAGCACGUGGAUCAGCACCUGUUCACGCUGCCGCAGGGCUACGGACAGUUUGCUUUCGGCAUCUUCGAUGACAGCUUCGAGAUCCCUACGUUCCCUCCUGGGGCUCAGGCUGAUGAAGGCAGGGACCCUGAGAGCCGGCGGGAGAGAGACCAUCCGUCCCGGCACCGGAUCAUCCAGCAGCUUGUCAAUGGCAUCAUCACGCCUGCCACCAUCCCCAGCCUGGGUCCCUGGGGAGUCCUGCACUCAAACCCUAUGGACUACGCCUGGGGGGCCAACGGCCUGGACGCCAUCAUCACACAGCUCCUCAAUCAGUUUGAAAACACGGGCCCCCCACCGGCAGAUAAAGAGAAAAUCCAGGCCCUCCCCACCGUCCCCGUCACCGAGGAGCACGUAGGCUCCGGGCUCGAGUGCCCUGUGUGCAAGGACGACUACGCGCUGGGUGAGCGUGUGCGGCAGCUGCCCUGCAACCACCUGUUCCACGACGGCUGCAUCGUGCCCUGGCUGGAGCAGCACGACAGCUGCCCCGUCUGCCGAAAAAGCCUCACGGGACAGAACACGGCCACGAACCCCCCGGGCCUCACUGGGGUGAGCUUCUCCUCCUCGUCGUCCUCCUCCUCCUCCAGCUCGCCCAGCAACGAGAACGCCACAGGCAACUCGUGAGCCCGCGUCGGCCGCCGGGAAAGCACGGGUCCUUUCCCACCCAUCUGCAGCCGGCGCCACACGGCACCCACGGACUGGUGCCCCGGCGGGCCACACUUGGCUGGUCAGCGCUGCAGGUCCCGCCUGUUCCAGGGCAGGAUCCGGGCCCGGCCCACUGGCCCCCUGGCUCGGGAAGGCGUGGGCCACAUGGUUCCCGCUGGGGUGUCCCCAGCCUCCCCAUCCUCUGUCUAACCUCACCCUCUAAACGUUCAGCGGUGGAAAGAUUUUUAUAAUUUUAAAUUAUUACUGCUUUGAAAUAAAUGGACGUUUUAGCUCACACGGCGGCCAUGCAUGAUUUGUGGCAAAAGACGGGGCGCAGCUGCCCCACAGUGCUGCAGGUGCCGCCAGGACAGGCCGCGUGGGCCCCCGGCCUCCCCUCGGCCGCCUCCACGACCCGGAGUUCGGGGGCUCGGGACCAUGAGGAUGACCAGCAAAAUUGAAGAACAAAAUUGCUCCAACAGACUUUUUUAAAGGAAAAAAUAUGUGUAUCUUGAAAGCUAUUUAAAAUACACUACUUACAAAGAGAA